UGGAUUGGGGCUAUUUCAUCACAUGGCGCAAUUUGUGGAAAAAAUUCUCUGCUCUUUGUUUGCUCUCUAUUUUGUUUUGUUUUUUGUUUUUAGCCGACAAUCAGAGAACGACGCUAAACCCACGUAGUCGAUAGCGAAUUGUGCAAACAAAAUCCAGUUUCGUUGGUGUUCGUGAGAGAGCAAUCGGCAACAGUCGAGCCACCCUAUCGUUGAUUUUAUUGAAAUUUUAUUAAAGAUGGCGUCACAAAUGGCAAAUUAUGUAAUUAUUUUAAAUUAGUUUGCUAAGAUUUCCACAUUAAAUAGGUCAGAAAAUUAAAUGGCCAUAAUAAUAAAAAUAAAAGAAAUGUCGAUGACUAUAAUAUUUCCAUUCAAGUUAAAAGUAUUUUACUAAUGAUUAUUAUUUCGGGCUUAAGUGAUUCUUUAAGCUGAAAGCAGGUUUAAGUAAUUUGUUCCUAAAUAUAUAUGGCUCAUCUUUAAGGGCAUAAUAAGUAUAUUAUUACAUAAGGAUAGAACAUUUUCUUAAAAUCAAGGUUUUUUUUUCUGUAUGUGUCUGUAUGGGGAUUCAUGUUGGCCCAUAGGAGUUCCACUGUACCCCAAUGGCUCUCCCUUUGUCUGCGACGCAUUUUGCAGUGUUCGAGUAGUGGGGCGUUAUUGCCGCCACCCUUGCCGCUGCCGCUCAACCCACCGCCCCUCCAGUUGGCCGCUUUACCGCUCUGCUGGCGCCGCAAAGUGCCGACGAACGCCGACGGCCGGAGCGUAUAAAAAGUGCCGGCCGGCGAGGGGUUGUCAUCAGUUCCCAAGCUUUCAGCUUUGAAAAAGAGCGCCUCCCAGCGAACAGAACACCAAACAGAAAAGCAGACAAGAAAAUCCAAACAAUCCAAGACAAAACAAUAUUACACCAUCGAAGCUAAGUCGCCGAGAGAAACCAAGAUGAAAGAACUGGCCAACAUGCAGGAGCAGGAUCGGGAGCAGACUCCCCAGGAGCUGCUCGACUGCGACAUUGAGUUCGACGAGGAGCUCCCUGCUCCCAAGGAGCGGGAGGAAAGGUGUGCUCCAAGCAAGUCCUCGGACAAGCGCUACUGCAAGGCCCUCAAGAAGGUGACCAAGGUGCAGCGCAUGCUGGAGCAGGCCAUGAUCCUGCUGGCCGAGGAGGAGGCCAGGUUGCAGGACAAGGAGCAGGUAUCCAAGCCAUCCAAGAAGCAGCAGCAGAAGCAGGCCAAGAAGGACGGCAAGAAGGCCAAGAAGCUGGCAAAGAAGCUGGAUAAGAAGCUGGCCAAGGAGACGAAUAAGGCGGGUGAAAAGGUGUCCUCCGACAGCAGCUCCUCCAGCUCCUCCAGUUCCAGCUCCUCCAGCUCGAGUUCCAGUUCGUCGGAGGAGGAGGAGGAGGAUGAGCUGGUCAACUUCUACGGCUACGGCUGGGGUCGCAAUCCCUGGCGCCGAGGACCCCGUGGCCACCAUGGCUUUGGUCAUAGGUAUGGUCAUGGUCAUGGUAUUGCCCACAAGCAUGGCCACAAGCAUGGCCACAAACAUGGGCGCAAGCAUGGCCACAAACAUGGUCAUGGACCUGGUCAUCAUGGUCAUCAUAGUCGUCCCGGACAUCACCAUCACUUGGGACCCCACUUUGGACCCCAUUUUGGACCCCACGGUGGACCCCAUUUUGGACCCCACGGUGGACCCCAUUUUGGACACCAUUUCGGACCCCAUCCCUUUGACUGCGACAGGCGGUCCUGCAUGAGUCCUUGGCAGGAUCAGAGACAGUUUUUUCGGUGGAUGGGCCUGCCGUGGGCCCUGGACAAUGCCGCGGCCUGCCGGAGGAGCCGAUCGCUGCCUAGACCUGGGCACGACCAUCGUGGAGAUCUCGGAUUCGCGUUCGGAUUCGGACCGGGAUACGGAUACGGACAUGGCCACCCGUGUCGACCACAUGACCGUCGAGUAGAGAGAUCCCUCUCCCGUUCUGGUUCCCAUUCGCGGGGGGAGAAGAAGUGCAGGGUCAAGAGAUCCAAAUCCAGUUCCAGCUCUAGCUCCAGCUCCAGUACCGAGAAUGAGAAGAAGACCAAGAAGGGCAGGGGCAAGUGCAGGGGAAGGGGCGGGAGGCAGCCCUCCUCUUCCAGCUCCUCCUCGAGUUCCAGCUCCUCAUCGAGUUCCAGCUCCAGUUCGGAUAGUGAAGUGCAGAUGAGGCACAGGCGCGGCCAUCACGGUCACAGGCAUCAUUUUGGACCUCCGCAUGGCCAUCACUUUGGGCCGAAUCCGGGACACCAUGACCAUCUCUUUGGGCCUCAUCCUUUACACCAUGGCCAUCACUUUGGGCCUCUUCCCGGACACCAUGGCCAUCACUUUGGGCCUCCCCACCAAGGCCUGCAUUUCGAUUCGCAUCAUGGACCUCAUCACCGCAGGCUGGAGUUUCCCACUAAAGGAGCACUCUUCGGCAGCCCUUUCUUCCACCAUGGACCGACCACUGAAGGACCUCCGCCAGCCAUUCCCUUUGGAGGACCACCAGCCGAGGGCCUAGAUCGUCGCGGUCGUUCACUAUCGCGAUCACGAUCCCAACGCCAGAGGGAGCAGCAGAGAUCCCAUUCCAGGGGUCAGGAAAAGUGCGGAAAGGGCAAGGAGAACGCAGGCCAGGACAAGGAAAAGGAAAAGUGCAAGAAGGGCAAAAAGAAGCACGGAAAACAUGGUCAUGGAAAGCAUCAUGGACCCCAUCGUGGUUAGGCUUUCGCGCUCUGGCAUUUAAGACCAACAUCAAAAUUCCUUCAAUGUACUUUCAAUGUGUAUGUUGUAACACAUUGUAUUUAUAUACCCCCAAAAAAGCUUUAUUAUUGUAUACAAAAAAAAACAUUUAAAAUUAUA